AUGGGCUUUUUGGCCAAAUCUCAGAACCCAGGAAAGCUCAGUGUGGGGAAUGUGCCAUGUGCAGCCUGCUCAGCCUCUGCUGUGCCCACCUGCCAGGCCCUCUCACAGGUGCCCACACCCUCAGUGCCCGGCCUCAGGCUCCCCAUGGCAGCACCCAGGAACACCAUGGUGAGUGAGCCCAUGAGUGAAGGAGGGACCAGCCAGUGCAGCCUCAUUGAGAGCAUAAGGCUGGUGAACAUCUUCAUCCACCCGACCCUGGCCCUGCCGGGGGACAGCAGCCCCUAUUGUCUGCUUGUACAUCAGAAUCAUCUUCUGGGAGGUCAGGUGCUGGUUGGUGUGUCGAUGGCCCUUAGAGGAGAAACUGUUCAGCCUAUCUCCUGCCUCACUAGGAAGGAAACCACAGCCGAGAGACUGGCUGGUGAACACCAGCUCUCUGCCCCAGGACAGAAGCAGAGAAGGGUCAGACCCCCAUAUCCUCUCCUUAUAGAAUUUACUACCAGAAUUGAUGACACUCGCUUGAAGAAGCCCAGAGGCCUCGUGAAGCCCAGCCCCUCUCCCCCCACAACACACUUCGCAGAGGCGCAGGCCCAGGGAAGGAAGGACCCUGCCAAGGUGACACAGAGGCAUGCCACAGAGUACUCCCAGGGCCGGUCACCCCGAGUCCUGGGCCACAGAGCAGACGGGCUGGCCUCUGCCUCUGGGGUUGCACAGGAGAAGCCUGCUACUCUCCCAAAGAAAGCAGACCGGACUCCCAGAGACCAUCCACAGGCCAGCCUGUCCCCUGCCCGUCGGAUCCGACAGACACACUGCCUCAUAUCAAAGCCCAUGAAAACACUGUGA